AUGGCAACCGGUGCAGGCCUGACGCACGAAAGUGACGUCACGCCGGCGGUAAACUAGAACUGCUGGCAGAAGGGGAGCAGAGAGUGAAGGUAGAGUAUAGUCAUUGCAGCAGCAGAUACUGACACCAGGCCUGUGGGGGUUAUUCACUAAACUGCGAAUUGGCAGACAUUCAAAGAGAAGGUUAACUUUUAGGCCAAAAUAGCUUGAUUUGGAUAUGGAGCCAUGUUGGCACCGACACUUUUUCAGAUUUAUUUGCUGAUUAGGGGAAUGUGGUGAAUUUAAAGCUUAAUAGUGAAUUCGCAAAGUCCCCCAAUGGUGACACCGCCGCUGGUGGUCCGGUGGCCACGGGGUGGGGGGAGUAGGAGGGGGGCAGAUAAAGGUGAGCUUACUUAUCGGAACUUGUCCCUUGCAGGCGCUGCUCUGCGUCAACUGCACCAGGAGCCAAUGUCACUGCCGUACUCUUGCGCAUGCGUGAGAGUUCAGCAAUGAGGUCUGUGGGGGAUCCCGAGAGACCCCGGGAUCCUCCGUAGACACAGCCAUUUCCAUGGGACUGACUCUUAGACUCCGCUUUGAGUCGAAGAAAGUCAGGCGGAGUAGAAAUACAGAGACAAAGUAUCCCCUACUGUGUAUGUCUUUUGACUGGGUUAGAAUUUCAGGGAUAUUCCAACACAGUCAUAAUGAGUAUUUCACAAAGAUUCUAACUUUGAAAUAUUCAUUUUUUUUUUUUAAGGGGAGCAUGACAGUGCCCCUUUAAGGCAAAAUGUACGGGUUUGGAAAACUUCUUCAUCGCUGCUACUGUCACAGCACGGGCUGUUUCAGUUUAAAUGUCACAGGCUGGUUUUAAAGUCACUGCAAUUUGAUGUUUAGUGAAUAAAAGCCCCUCUGAAUUUGUUACCAUUCACCGUGAUUUAACCGGGUGUAGUUUUAACCAUUAAAAGAUUAAAUUGAAAGGAAAAAUGCAAAAUUUAUGCUCAAAUAGCCAAGUUGUGAAUAUAAUGUGGUUGCAGAAUUUUUGCAAAUCAGGUGUUGUUGCAUAAAGUUAGCAUUUUGGGUUUGUAUUCGUUGAGCUUAUUCUCUAAACGUCAAGUUAUAACAAAUGAAAUAUGAAUGGCAAGAUUUAGGCUAAUAUAGCCGAGCUGUAACUGUAACCUAACUGGAUAAUUGUUACGGAUCACCUGAAACAAUUUUGAUUUCUGUGCUGUUGGUAGACCCUGGUUUGUGCAAAACAACCUGAAAAUGGUUUAAUACAAACCAAGGCGAUGAUACCCAAAGGCCCUUUUGCACCAUGAAAACUUCAAUUAGCUGUAGCUAGAUAUGGUGCAUACUGUCCCUUUAAAGAACACUCCAAGCACCAUAACCACCGCUGCACACUAUAGUUGUUAUGAAUUCAGGACAUACCUGGUACAAACCUGGGUUCCUAAUUUCACAGAUAUUACUAAAGUAGAAAUCUAUACUUUAGGUAGCAACUCUAAUUCCAUUUGUCUUUGGACCACUGACAUCGAUCAGCAAUGAAUUCCAUCCAAAGUUGGACAUAUUUGAUACUGAUAAAGAGGAAGAGAAACUUCUGCUAUGAAAAAAGGCUGUACAGCUGCCCCUGAGGAAGCAGAUAAAUGUGAGAAAGAGCCAAUCGUGGACUAUGUGUGUCUGACAGUGAACUAGACUAUACAAUAACAGCUACAUUGUGGCUACUAAACAUUUACAGAACAGUUCCACUUAUUAUCAGAAAUGAUUUAAGGGAUACCAGUUUCCUCCUGGUGUGGGAGUUUCUGCAUCCAAACCCACUAAACAGGAGGGAACCUUGGAAGAAUGCAUGUUUGUUGCGUUUUGUUUUUGUUUGUUUGUUUUUUGACCUAUUUUUUAAUCCCCCUCGGUUUUAAAUCUGUUAAAUAAACGUUCAAGGGUGCAUUUUUACCAUCUGUCUGAAUUGCACUUAUUACAUUUUAAAAUAAAAAAUGUAUUGUUGUUGUGUUUAUUUUUAAACCUAAAUGUUUUCAGGCUUCCAGCUUCAUAAUCCGAGCUCAUCCUUGCACAGGUUCCCUUAGGAGAUUUUAGGGAAUUCUUGGUUAGUGCAUUACAUUGAUUUAAAAAAUGUUGUACCAUCUUUCCUGGAAAAUAAGACCGUAUCUUAUAUUAAUUUGUCCCCCGAAAAAUGCACUAGAGCUUAUAUUUGGGGGAUUUUUUAUUUCUGGGGGAAAAACAGUAGCAAGCAUGUGCUAGAAUCAAGUCUAUGUUUAGGUGAAUUCCCCCGAACAUAGACCAGUUAACUAGGGCAUGGAAUCGGGGGAAACUUUCCCGAACAUAGAUUAGUUUACUCGCUAAUAGAAUACUGCAAAUCUAUGUUCGGGGAAAUUUCCCCGAACAUAGAUUAGUUUACUUGCAAAUGGAAUCUUGCAUAUCUAUGUUUAUGGAAACUUUCCCGAACAUAGACAAGCUUACUCGCGAAUGGAAUUCCUCAAAACUUUGUUCAUGGAAAAUUCACCGAACAUAGAUUAGCAAAUUAGUGACCAGCAACUAGGCCUUAUUUUCAGGGUAGGGCUUAUAUUUCGGGCAUCCCCCGAAAAUAAGCUAGGGCUUUUUUUCACGGGAUAUCUUAUUUUGGGGGGAAAACGGUAUGUAGUGGAUAGUCAUGUGUACACUUCAGAGAACUAAUAGGAAGUAGACAAAAGAGUGGUGUAAAAACAAGAAAUAUAUAUUUUUUUAUUUCUUACCUUUCACAUUUGCUGACAUCGAUCAGCAAUGAAUUCCAUCCAAAGUUGGACAUAUUUGAUACUGAUAAAGAGGAAGAGAAACUUCUGCUAUGAAAAAAGGCUGUACAGCUGCCCCUGAGGAAGCAGAUAAAUGUGAGAAAGAGACAAUCGUGGACUAUGUGUGUCUGACAGUGAUAUGUAUUGGAUAGUCAUGUGUACACUUCAGAGAACUAAUAGGAAGUAGACAAAAGAGUGGUGUAAAAGCAAUAUAUAUAUAUUUUUUUUCUUUCUUUUCACAUUUGCUAAUCAUCCUUUCAAGGUUGCCAUCAAUUCCUGUACUAGUAAAUGUUGUGCCAGGUGUUCCCCAUUAAAAUAUUAAACUGAUCACUGUUUAUUAUUUCUGUGUUUCUCUUGAAUAUAUAGUGAUGAGCCAGAGUUGGAGAGGAGGAGAUAGAGGAUGGAGAGGGGGUGGCAGUCAUUACUCAGGAGGCUGGAGAGGUCGACCCUGGAGCGGGAGAGGCAAUGGGAGAGGACAAGGUGGAAACUGGAAUAGUAAUGCUGGAAGAGAUUCUGCUUGUAAGUGUAUCAUUUCAUGAUAACAGCUAUAAUGUUCUGAGAUGCCUCACAAGGGACGUAAAGCACCAAAAACAUUCGCUUAAUAAAGUGGUUUUGGAGUACAGGUCAUGCUCCUGUAAUCUCACUGUUAAUUUCUCUGCCAUUUAAGAGUUAGUCACUUUGUUUAUGCAGCCCUAGCCACACCUACCCUGGCUGAGACUCACAUAGCCUCUGUACACAUUUCCUGGAAACUAAUGUAACAUUUUUAGCUUUCCUUAUUACAUUCUGUUUAGAAGUUCUUAUGUUGUGCUCUGUCAAUAGUGUGCUAGAACUUGCAUCAGUCUCCUGUGUGUGAUUAAUGUUCAAUUAACAGAGCAGGAGAUAAAUACUUCUAAAGUAAACAGACUGCUGUAAGAUGUGUGUGAAAAUGAAACUUUUGUUUUCAUGGAGACGAUGUGAGUCCAGCCUCCCUGAUAGCAUGAAACACCCAAAACACCAGUAAACUCACUGAUAAUGCAGGACUGGACAUUCUCUGCCUGCUUCUCCUCUUCUGAGAUCAUCUAUCCAGAUGAUCUCUGGUUCAUUUGAAUGCUUCACAUAGAGAAGCAGUGGGAACCUACUACACAAUCAUGACAAUCAUCGCACAUUCACAUUCUUUGGCACACAUAUAGCACUGAUUACCAGCAGCAGCCUGUUCCGCACUCUCUUCCCAUAAACAGCGUGUGGACUGCCGGGAUAUGAUGUCAAGCUGGAUCCCAGUGGCUUUUUGUCCAGAGCAUCGUUAGGAGUGGCAGCAGCCACUGGUGUGAGCCACCAGUGAGCUGCAGCUGGUUCCGGUAAGGUGUUUCCGGAUAAGCCAGUCCGUCUUUUCUCCUGCUGGAGAUACACUCCCUGCCCGGCAACAACUCUCCCCCUAAGGCAGCACUGCCAUUUGCCAACUACAGGGCUAGAAUAAUACAACAGUCUUCCUGCCUGUUACCCAGAACGGCAUGUCCUGGGCACCAGAUGAUGUAAAUUCCACAUCCUUGGAACAUCCUAAUGUUGGGAAGGGGUUAAAUUUUAGAACUUGAAGAAUAUUUCUAUUUUUAUUUUUCAAUUCUUUAGCAUAACAAAGGCCAUUUUUUUAUCCUGCACACAUUUUUUGUUACUGCAGAGGUAAAUAGCAAUCUAUUUAUUUUAACAUUUUAUAGCCUCAUGCACAAAAGUAAAAAUAAAUCCUGAAUUCUUUUUCCAGGUAUAUCAAGUGCUAAACCGCGAUUAACACAGACUACACUGGACAAGUACAUUCCGUACAAAGGCUGGAAGCUUUAUUUUACUGAAGGUACAAAUGAAAGUGCAAAUUAUGACUCAUUCUGAAGAUGCAAUAGAAUCCAUUCAAUAUGCAGUUAUAUAUGAUUGAAGAGAGCUACUUGCUUUUAAUAGUAUCAAUGAAUGACUGCUAUUUAUACCUGAUCAAUCAUUUUAAAUCCCUGAUUGCUUUGUCUUUUUUCACCAAUCUUGAUGAACAACAUUUUCAAUUUGUGGCCUUGACUAAUAGUGUCAAAUGUUAGGGCAAAGGGACAGUGUGUCCGCAAAACAAAUAGAUUUGUUUUAGUGCUACAGAUCCAUUUAAUCCUCUAGGUGAUGUCACAAAUUGUGUUUGAUUACACUGAGAGAAGUCUGGGCUAACUGCCAAAUAUAUAGUCUCUAAACUGUAAUUAUUCAGUGGCCAUAAAAUUAUAAUCUUUAAAACAUUAUUUUGAAUUGUUGGCAAAAAAAAAAAAAUCUCUAGCAUGAUGUGCCCAACAUUAAAGACAGCAGCAAUGAAGACAAAAAUGUGAAAUGGGAACACAUCAAUUUAUCAGGUAUAUUCUUUCAUUCAUGUAUAUUGCUGCUCUGACAGUAACAUAUUCCUUUUUGUUGCUAUGUUACCAGAUAAUACAAUGGAACGAUUUUUCAGAUUGUCAAUCAGCAUGUGCAGAGAUGAUCUUUUGCUUUUGAAUUGGUAAUGACGACCCCUUUGUCACUAACGCCAUAGUCUGUCCUCUGCUACAUAGGAACAAAAGAAAGGGCACAGCUUUCCCAUCUGCAGUUUUUACUUUUUUUCAGGUGUAUAUGUAGAGUUUUUUGGAUAUAUUUUUGUAGAGUACAAAAGUAACAAGUAACACUUGGUUUUUGUCAUCUGGAGGGGGUAAUUAAAAACCAAAAUAAUCACUCACUCACAAAAACAGUUAUUUUUAUUUUUAUUUUUUUUUGUUAAACCUAUAGUUUGUACUAAGUGAAAUAUGAUCCAGUAUCCACCUGUUGCUUUACAUUUUCAAGACUUCUCUUUCAGCCUAUGGCAUUGUGGGUAAAUAGUCAAUCAGCGUUCAGAGAGUCCAGGAUGAGUCCUAUAAUAGUCUACCUAGAAUAUUUGGUUUUUUUUCUGGGUUUUCUCCAGUGCAGUGCGUCUAUGAUUAAAAAUGUUUAAUAUUUUGUCCAGUGCAAUGGGCGUAGUUUAUCAGAUCUGGAAUAUUAUUGUUUGAAUUACGCUCCAGUUAUGUAGAUCGUUUUCAAAUAUGUUCGAGUGGUAGACAACUUUGAAGGGGUGAGCUUUCUUAAAGCUUCUUUAGACUGAAAUUUCACUUUAAGAGGAAACAAAAUUGUGAUCACAAAUUAAUACCUUUUGAUUUAUGUCUAGGUUUGCCACAGAUGUGCUCCCAAAUUGCUAAAUUGUGAGAAAAUAUCUUCAAGUGUAACCUAAUGUUGCCAUUGUGGUAUUUUCUAAAUGCAGUUUGGGAGAUCAAAAUGUCCCAUACAGUAGUCCCAAAUGAGAAAAUUUGAAUCAAAGUGAUACACUGCUAAAAUAUCUGAAUUCCAUACAAAUAUUGGGGGACUGACAUCAGGUAUCAGUUAUGCAGCUGCACUUUGAAUCUGCCUAUUAAGAGACAAAGCUGUAUUAGAUUUCAUAAAUAAGUGAGUGAGCUGUAUAAUGGUGCACAUUCAAUGAAUAGUUAUCCCUUUCUCCACAGAACCUGCACAGUAAAGUAUCUAUUAAAACAAGUAUAGCCCAUCUAUGGGAUAACUGAAUAGGGUUGACCUAGGUUCUUUCCUGGUUAUUAAGGGGUUUCAUAGGCUUGCAUCUCCUCAUCCUUCACUUUGUUUGGUGGAGGGAUAAGACAGAACUUGGAUCUCUUUCCUUGUUUUAUGAUGUCCAGAGAGCCAUGCUUUUUAAUGGCUGCCAAUUUGCCAUCCAGUAGACUGGGUCCCCAGUUUCAUUAAUUAACUGUAUAUUAAUUAACUAUUAGCCCACAUCCUGCUGCACGGAUGGGAUGUGGGGAGAUAUGCAACAUUUUUAAUUGAAAUAUAAUUUGGAAAUUGAUUAUGACUACAUUCCCAAGUAGUUUUUGAGAUUGUAACCCCAUUGAAGUCAAUCAACACCAAUUCAAGGCCAGAUUAGACUAAUUUGUAGAGAAUUUCACUUUAGUGAAUAACCCUGAUUGUGAAUUUGCUCUCAAUGUGAAAGACAUUUGAUAAUUUGCUAAGCAGGAGGUUUUGUAAAGGUGUCUCUGCUUAGAGGUAUCAAUGCAUCUGUCUAACUAUUGACCAUGCUGAAGAUAGCACAAUUGACUUGUGUAUUGUCACGAGUGAGGGUAUCAAAGUUGUUAGACCUAGGGACCAAGUGAUGCUUUUUAAUAUUAACACCAAGGGCUUGGAGAACCCUGGGUCUCCUUAAAUAACCAUUGAUUUCCAAUCCCUUGGUGUAUUCUAUAUAAACUGUGUUGUUUUUCUUAAUUUAACAUGUUGAUUGUCCUAAUAUGUCUUAAGUCCAAUUUAAGAGCUGAGAAAUUAUUGCAAGGAUUUAAUACUAUAGCAUUUUAUUCCAAGUGCUCAUACCAUUUAAUGUUUUCAAAUAUGUGUUAGCUUAUAGUGACAACUCUCCAUUUGUGGUGAAGGUUCAAGCAUUUGAGAAGUUUUUUAACAGGCAAAUUGAAUUAUACAACAAAGUAAGUAAUUAUUCUGCAUAUUCUCCCCCUCACAACACUAGCUCAACAGGGCGACCCAUUCAUUCAGUAUUUCUAUCUAAACUUUUUAUCAUAUUUAAAUUUUUUACUAUUUUGAAAUAAUGUAUUUUGAUACAAUGUGUCUGAAAUAAAAUGUCUUUUUAAAUGGAAAUUUUGCUAUUUAUUCAAGAAUAUCUAAAUCUUGUAACUUCCUGUGUCAAUCUGCUUGCUAGUUACAGAAAUAAACAGUGCAUGUUGACUGUCUGCCAGUGAGCAUGUAUUUCACCAAUAACAGUUUAACACAGUGAUGGGCAACUUUGACCAAAGAAACUAGUUUUCAGUCCUACAUUUUAGAAUCCUACAGGAUAAUUUCUUCAUGCCUAAUUUGAGCAGAUUUUAUUUUAAUUCCUCUAGUACUGUGUAGUUGUGUAAAUCUCACAGAAUGUUAUAGUUUUUUUUUUAACCUAGGCAAACUUAAUGGGGUUUUAGUUACAGUGUUUGAUUAUAGAUUGCAUAAGGCUGCCACAGUGCCAGUGUACCCCAUUUUGGCAGGCUUAUAAAAUGUAUGAUCAUAUACUGUAACUGACCCAUUAUUAUUGUUGCCUAGGUCAGGUGUCUUUAAAAAGACUUUUACAUUAUGUGAGCUUUAAAAUUACCAUUUAGUGAAUGAGUGAGUCUGGAUCUUGUAUGUUGUCUGAAUUGGCCCCAACAGCACCCUUAUAAUGUAUGUAUUUUCAGGGGAGUGCAGCAUUCUUGAUUUUAUGUAUGUAUGUAUGAUUUUUAAAUCUAUUUAUUGCUUGAGUUUUUGGAACACAUCCAAUUUGCCCACAGGUUUUUCUGUACAAGUGUUUACAGAAGCGUUUAUAGGCAAACAGACCAACUCUGCACUUCUUGGUCAAAGAAAAAUAAUCUGAAGAACGCGUGAGUGAAUGCAAAUCCUAAUCAGCUACCAUUUAACUUGUACAAGUAAUUGUAAUUAAAAUACCUAUAACAUCACUUGGCAUUAUUUAAAGUAGUUGUGGGAGUGGCUUAUGAAUGCAGUGAUUUUGUUAAAAUUGCUGCAGCUGUAAGACAAAACUCUCAACCAGUUAGUCGGAUUCUGUCCUCCAGGGAACUCAACAAACUUGUUUUGUGUAGCACAACAGCUGAUGUUUCUCUCCUCCUUGGAGAGAGACCUUGACUGUGCGCAGUUAGUCUAUCUGCUGAUCGAUGCACGCAGAUCAGUUUACAAAACUGUGAGCGAGUCUGUGCGUAAACUAACAGGAGCUGCUCUGUGACAUCUGCCUUUUAUAUAGCAGCUCUGUCCGUAAUUUGCAGAGUCUCAGGAUCUUGGAAAGAAUGUGUUUUUUAUUUUUGUUUUUUUUUAUUUUAAGAUUUACAAUUUUUAUUCUUUAUUUUAAGGUACAAAAAACGAAACUUAACAAACUUAAUAUAGCAAUGUAGGAUGUAAGAAGAAUAGGAUCUUAAGUUGCAACAAUUGAUACAUUUGUACAGCAUAUAGAAUAUGCAAGAGUAGUUGGAGAGAUGUAAUUUCAAGAAUUUUUAAACUAUGAAUGCAUUAUAUAUUAAUUAAUAGUGCUAUUUCCUUAAUGGAUUUCAAAAGUAUCUUCUUAAAGGAACAGUAUAGGUUUAGGAACACAAACAUGCAUUCCUGACCCUAAAAUGUUAAAAACACCAUCUAGCCCCCCUAUUCCCUCACCCCCCCUAAAUACAUUAAAAUCUUCCCUUUAUUCUAGUCUGCUUCUGCUGAUUCUGCACUUGAUCUGCCUGCUUGGCUGACAUCAUCAGAAAUGAUUCUGUCAGCCAAUCACAAUGCUUUCUUAUAAGAAAGCAUUGGGUGGGCUGAGACUGCCAAGGAUGCAGUUUGUGGGCAGAGCCAGCACAAGCCAGACACAGUCCUGGCCAAUUAGCAUCUCCUCAUAGAUAUGCAUUAAAUCAAUGCAACUCUAUGAGGAAAGUCUAGUUUCUUGAUGCAGAGGGUGGAUACACUGAAUGUCAGUCACACUGUGCAGCACUGCCCCAGUAAGCACCUCUAGCAGCCAUCUGAGGAGUGGCCAGUGGAGGCAUGACUAGGCUGUAAUGUAAACACUACAUCCUCUCUGUAAAGACAGUGUUUACUGCAAAAAGGCAGAAGGGAAUUAUACUCACCAGAACAAAUACAAUAUGCUGUAAUUGUUCUGGUGUCCCUUUAAGAAAUACAGAUCUGCAAAACAUGAUUUUCUCUAAUUCUUUCUUGGUAUUUUUGUCAGCUACAGUACAUCCAACACCUUUGUAUUUGGCACAACAUGCAGCAGAUACAUUCCUCCUCUAGUUUGGCUCGCUUAUGUAAAUUACAUUUCAACACGUUCUCUGUGCUGGUCUGAUUUCAUCAGCGUGGGCUUGUGCAUGUUAUUUUAGCUGCAAACCGUCAUUGUGACAUUUGGAAUCUAUUUUAUGAAUAUUUUUUUGAUGGCAGUGAGCAUAAAAAGCAAUUUGUUUUGAUAUAAUGGUUUGGGUAAUAUCUAUGAUUAAAUAACAGAUUUAUACCAAACUCUUAUGGUAUGGUAGGUUUUAUUUAUAUCUGUGCAUUAUAUAAUAAAAUACUACCCCUGUUAUGCAAGAUGUGAACAGUCCUGUUUUAAUGAGACACUUUAAGCACCAUAACACCUUUGUAACAUUGCAAAGGUUAUGUUGCAGAGAAUUUCCUGUACAUUGUCUCCCUUUUCAAGGAUGCUUAUAUCUGCAGUGAUUUGCAAAAAUAUGUGCUGCUACAAGCCAUCUUCCCCUGUAAGAGCUGUGACCAAAACUGUAAAGUAGACGAGUAUGGCUGAUAUAUGCUUAUAAAACAAUCCCAUUCAUCCUAUGUGAUGAGUAGAAUUGCGGUGGGGGGGAUGAUGACUGCUUAUCUCAUAUACCACUUUUGUGUUUUAAAGCAUUAUCUAUAUAAAUUAAUUGGGUCCUGUCUAUUGCAAUUCAUUUAAAGGGAACCUCUAGUCCCGAAAGUUGCAAUUGCUUUUUUCAAAGUUGUAGUUUCCCUUUUAUUAUACUGAAAACUGUCCACCUGCUUUACUGAUUAAAUAAAGAUUACUCAAUUAAUUUCCAGCAUCAAGACUCCUCCGCUGCAGCUGCCCGCUCGGCGUCCGAAGUCGCUAGCCUGCCUGCUGAUGUCUUCCGUAAACUCCCCCAAUCCAAUGCUUCUCCAUGCGGCCAGACACAACGCUCUUCCAAUCAAAUGCUGCUUUGAGUAGCAUUUGAUUGCAGGACUGAGUGUGACUUGGAGCUGGAGGAGGAAGUACAGGAAGUCAUCCGCUAGAGAUGUGUUUAACCCUGCAAAGUGAAAAUUGCAGUCUCUAUAAAACAGCAAUGUUUUAUAUUGAAGGGCUAGAAAUGUCAGGAACACUGCACCCAGACCACUUCAUUGAGAUUAAGUUGUGUUGGUGACUUUAGAAGUCCUUUAAUAUGUAUGUUAUAGUCCAAGAUGGAGGAAACCAUUUAUCUAGUAAACCAAACUAGAGUUAAACUCUGCUUUUAAUGUAAUAAUAUUGAAUGUACAUUUAAAGCACCACUGGGACAUGUAGGGAAUCACUUAUGCCAUAGUUUUGCAUUGUUUGAGAGUCUGUGUGUGUGUGUGUGUGUGUGUGUGUGUGUUUUAUGUUUUUGUUUUUUUACAUACAAAGUAUUCUUUUGGUUAUUGUAUUUCCUGGUUUGAAUUAGUGUUGUUUUUAAAGUAAGCCCAUCAUAAACUGUGUCUAACGAUCCAUUUUAAUAAAGAGACAAUCUGUAAUAAAUGCUGUUCCUCACAGGAUGAAAUUGAAAGAAAAGGAAGUAUAUUGGUGGAUUACAAGGAACUUUUACUGGAUAGCGACAUCACUUCAUGUAUGUCAUUGUCAUCCGAGUUAAGGGAAAUGCCUGAAAAAAUUCUGGACUGUAUGGGGCUGGCAAUACACCAGGUAAGUACCUACCUAUGCCAAUAGGGGAGAGUUUGGGUGAAAUGGAAAAACAAUCCUUAUAUUAACAAAUAUGCUGUAACGAACUAUAAAAUACUAAUCUGCGAUCAAUGUUACAUUUUCAUUUAGGCGUUUAGUAUUUAGAAAGGGACAGGAGUCUCCAGGUUAAUUCCAGUUCUGCCAUUUAUGGAAAUUCUGUUAAUUGAUAUGUGAAUAAACAUGGAAAAGAAGAGGGGAAAAUUUUAUUAACUUUAUGUGUGCACUACCUGGCUUGUGUGUUGUUAUGUUAUUUUUAUUGAUAUUAAUAUUUAUAUUUUAUAGUAAAUAGUAUUUAUAUAGCACCAACAUACUCAUCAGCGCUGUACAAGUAAACAGUGUCAAUAUAUAACAGCAAGUGACUGACAGACAAAAUAAUGUUCACAAAUAGAAUAGAUUCCAUCUUAAACAUAUUUAUGUGUAGUAUUUUGCAAGUUUAGGGAGAAACACGCUACUGUGUCUUUGCUGCACUUUAUUAUUUGAUUUACCUUUUAUUUAAGGUCCUAUUUUUGUUACAUGCUCUAUUAUCCAUUAAUCUUGCACUUUAUACGAAUUGAAUUGUCUGUUUUCUGAUCUUACACGCUCUUGGAUGUACUUUUAUUUUCCCAGGUCUUAACAAAAGAUCUCGAAAGUCACGCAGUUGAAUUACAGGAGCAAGAAGGUCUUCAGACACAGGAAGCACCCAUUGUUAAUGUGCCUUACAUUCAUGCUAGGUAUUGGUAUUUUUUCAAUUUUCAUAGCUGUGAAAUAGUGAUUAUUUUUUCUUUUUGUUUAUGUCUCACCUUCUUUGUACCAUCUGUUCCCCAAGUCUGCAAGCCCUUCAACUGACUCAUCAUAACCUUCAAAUUAAUUAAAUCCCUAAUCUAAAUCUACAGAUUCCCUGCUAAAACUACACCUCCACAUUUUUCUGUUCUUGUCUCUAAAUAUCUCUUUAUGUAGUUCUGUUUAUUCUACUUAUGACCUGCACCUUAAAUCUCCUAUAGUUCACUACUUUAAUUUCCUUCUUCUGAAUCUUUGCUGUGCUACACCUUUUUCCCUAGAAUUUCAUUAUUCACUGAUGUAUUUUACAAUUUACACUACAUUAACCACUCUUUGAAUACCCACCUAAUUAGAGAACCUUACUGGUUCUCCUCAUUAAUUAUUUGGGGAUUCAGAUUGUGAAAGUAUCUCAGCUCUCCAAAUGGUCUUCAUUUACAAUCUUAUUUUCCUCUUGCAAGUAGCUCCUUACUCCUCAGAAUGGAGGCAUCAGUCAGCACCUAACAUUUAUGAAUUGAUAUGUAAAAAUGCAACACUUGUCAUAUCUGUCCACAUACUGGUUGCCCACUUCUGUUAUAGAGCUGCUUUAUAGAAUUUACUGACAUUUUGUUAAACAAAAAUAAUCUUUUCUUUCUUAGGGUAUACAAUUAUGAUCCAUUAACCCCUCUGAAAAAUCUUCGAGCCAAUCUCUAUGGUAAAUAUGUGGCACUGCGUGGUACAGUGGUACGAGUGAGUAAUAUUAAACCACUGUGCACCAAAAUGGCCUUUUCAUGCAACAUGUGCGGUGAUAUGCAGAGUCUGCCUCUUCCGGAUGGAAAGUUUACAGUUCCAACUAAGGUAACUACCAGUUUCAGAAAUAUUAUAUUUUUUCCUUUGUUCCUGUCUCUUCCUGCAGUGUUACUUUUAAUUCAGUGUUUCACUGAAAGGGACAAAAUAGUGAUGAAGUGUCUGCAAGUUCUUAAAAUGCAUUAUAUUGAUUACAAACAAUGACAAAAGUAAAUAAAACAAAAAUGUAUUGGGGGCGGGGCCUGACUGCUUAGAUGGCCAGACGCAUCUUCUGAGAACUCCAGCACUGCUGAGCUUAAUUUGUGCUAAAAUGGCUCAAAAUCGUGAUAUUAGAAGUCUGGAACAACUGAGCAUUGCAGCUGGGCCGAGUGGGAAUCUGUGGAUCCACGUUCUUUACAAUUUAUCUAUGCUAACCCACGGUCCACUCACGAGGCCUAGCAUGGUGGGCGACUUGGAGGCUGGGGGAAGCGACCAAUCUCCCGCCACAGGGUCCCCUCCAAACGGCAAAUAUCUUGGUGCCCCACAACCCCCCCUUUGGACCGGAGGGAGAUAUCCCGGUCCCCACUGGGCAAAGAAGGAUGUCAGAGCGGUUAACCAACCCUACUCUGGGUUUGCGCGCACACAUCGCUGCCCAGCAGGGUGAAGAAAGGGAGUCGGAGGCCACGUCAUCUACCACCCCGCAAACAUCCUGCGCAGCAGCCGGAUAGCAAGCUCCUGCUUGGCGCCCCAGGAGAGGCAAUGACCGACUGGGUACCUCCGCCAGUCGCGCUUCCGAAUAGUUGUCGAGUACCAUAAGCACUGCACCGGACACCAUAACCACUGUAUCCCCGUUAGCCGCUGCAGCUUGGCUGGGGUCUCGCUGUCCCUUCCCACCCUGGACCAACACCUAGAUUCAGCUACCUGUGCGAAGACCUCUUCUCCAAGAGAAUAUAGCAGGUAUAGUAAUCUAAAGAGCAGUAUAGCAAUCCCCACCACACAUGAGACGAGGCUUAAUGCUGCGAAGUAGUCUGGUUUAUUGGAGGCCACACAUGGCCAUUUAUGCAAAAGCCCCUGCAAGGGGUUUCCAAUAUAAGAAUACAGGGAAAUCCCUCUGAUGAUCCUUUGUACCUGAGACAUAAUUAUCUGAGAAGCAAACAUAUAAUUAAAUUAUCGCUCCGGUACAAAAAACAUACAAUUUAUAAACAUGCCAAAAGUACCCCCAAAAUCCAUAGAAACCCCACAAAGUUACAUUCUCGGAUAGCCCAGAUCUGGGUGACCAACAUAUCCAAAAAUUACCCAGAUCGGUUCAGGGGUUCGGUUUUUCCAUGGAAGUUAAUUAUUUAACCGACCGCACACAUGAUCCUAUGCCCAAAACAGCUCCAUGAAAUCAGUGCUAACGGUCGGUCUCUUUUGGGAGUAUAAAAGUGCAUAAAAUACCAAACGUAAUCAAUAGUUAACAUGUGUAACUUCUUCACCUUGUUCAUGGGAAAGAUUCCACCGAACAGUGCCCUUCUAAGUUGUAUAGAACCGAAUGCAGGCGAUUUAUGGAAGUCCAGCGGUGUUCGGGAGUCUCAGUGUCCGAUUUCAGUUCCAUGAACUCAAUGAAAAAACACCUCUGCCUGCGUUCAUGCGAACAAGAUGGCCGCCACCUCAUGGUCAUUCCUACGAAUUGCAGCCACCCAGACGAACAAUUAGAACACUGCGGUGGAACUCGUUACAAGGUGUCAAUUGGGUUCCCAAACAAUAUAGGGAAAUGGCACAAAGUUCUUUAACAGGGUUUCUAUUAAGACUAGUACACAGGGCACUACAACUAAAUUGUUUACUAUGAUCGUUCAGCAUGUUUUAACUAUUAGUUAGCCCAUAGUAUCAACUGUUUUAUCUUGAUUAUUAUUAUAAAAAGCGCAAUAUUUUUCUUUGACAUUUUCUACCAAAUCUAUAUCCACUACUAUUGUACAUGCUUCUGUAAGAAAUGUCUAUACAAGCUAUGUAUGUAUACUAAUGCGCUACAAAAAUAAAGAAUUUAAUUAAAAAUAAAAAACUUUUCAAAAUUCCUUAAGUUGCAAUGCUUGUAGAGACUACACUAAUCGGACCACUCAUUCUGAUGGUUUUUUUCUUUACCAUAAACCAACGUGUGGCAAAGGUUUAAAUGAUGCAAAGUUUAGCUCCCAGACUCAGUUCCACUAAUCGCAUAGGAUGCAUAUAACUGUAGAAAUACUAUUUGACUAUUCACAGCCUGGAUCACAGGUUUGAGAAUGGGCUGUGUGCAGUGUUCUGCCAAUUCACAAAUUCCAGAGACACAUUUUGGGCUCUCUUUUACCAUCCAAGCAGUGCAUGCAGUGUGAGCGUCUUGGAGAGCAAAGGAGGAAGUAAAAUGUCCCUCAAUGCAUUUCAUGAUUCUUAAGACAUUAAAUCUUAUGGGUGAAUAUAUAUGUAGCCCUCUAUACAUUACUAGACCUCCCAUCUACUCCUAUAUAUGCACCACUUCCGGCGGCGGGUGGGGGCCAUAAUGAUAAUGAGGGGGGGACCUACUGACCCCCGGCCCCCACUCCUGGGCAGCGGGUGGGGGCCAUAUUGAUAAUAAGGGGGGAGGGACCUACUGUCCUCCCCCCCCUCCCCGGCCUCCACCCCUGGGCGGCGGGUGGGGGCCACAUUGAUAAUGAGGGGGGAGGGACCUACUGUCCUCCCCCGGCCCCCACCCCUGGGCGGCAGGUGGGGGCCACAAUGAUAAAGGGGGGGGACCUACUGCCCCCCCCCCCUCCGGCCCCCACCCCUGGGCGGCGGGUGGGGGCCAUAAAGAUAAUGAGGGGGGGGACCUACUGUCCUCCCCCCCUGCUCCCACCCCUGGGUGGCAGGUGGGGGCCAAAUGAUAAUGAGGGGGGGGACCUACUGUCCACCCCCCCUCUGGCCCCCACCUCGGGGUGGCGGGUGGGGGCCAUAAAGAUAAUGAGGGGGGGACCUACUGUCCUCCCCCCCACCCCCGCAGCCCCCACUCCUGGGCGGCGGGUGGGGGCCCUAAGUCAAUUCCCCCCCCCCCAAGGUGAUUAGGGGUCCCCAAGCCCCUAGUCACCCACCCACCCACCCAAAUAAAAAGUCCCUACCUACCCCCCUCACCCUAAGAAAUAGUGAGGGGGGAAUAAAAUAACUAACCUGUAAACGUUAAAUUAAACUUACCAUUCGACGUCUUCUUUUUUCUCAAAUCUUCAUUUCAAGCCAUCCAAUCACAGUGCUCUGUGUCAUUUUACACAGCGUGGGAAAGUUCUUUGGAAUUUUCCCACACUGUGUAAAAUGACAAAGAGCACUCUGAUUGGCUUAAAACAACCAAUCAGAGUGUUCUAAGCCUAAUUGCAGGGCGGGGCAAGGCUCUAUCUUUAUUUAGGGCCCCCAUCCACCGCUCAGGGGUGGGGGCCAGGGGGGGAGGACAGUAGGUCCCCCCCCUUAUUGUUUUUUUAGGGCCCCCACCCACCGCUCAGGGGUGGGGGCCAGGGGGGGGAGGACAGUAGGUCGUCCCCCCAUCUUUAUUUAGGGCCCCCAUCCGCCGCUCAGGGGUGGGGGCCAGGGGGGGAGGACAAUAGGUCCCCCCCAUCUUUAUUUACGGCCCCCACCUGCUGCUCAGUGGUGGGGGCCGGGGGGGAGGACAGUAGGUCCCCCCCCUAUCUUUAUUUAGGGCCCCCACCCACCGCUUAAGGGUAGGGGCCAAGAGGAGAGGACAGUAGGUCCCCCCCCCCAAUCUUUAUUUAGGGCCCCCAGCCGCUAUGGGGUGGGGGCCAGGGGGGGAGGACAGUAGCCCCCUAUCUUUAUUUAGGGCCCCCACCCACAGCUUAGGGGUGGGGGUCGGGGGGGGAGGACAGUAGCCCCCUAUCUUUAUUUAGGGCCCCCACCCACCGCUUAGGGGUGGGGGCUGGGGGGAGGACAGUAGCCCCCCCAUCUUUAUUUAGGGCCCCCACCAGCCGCGGGGGGGGGGCAGUUAUUUGUUUUUUUUAGUUUUUUUUUUACAGUGAGCAGCCACAGGCUGCUCACUUCUUACUAGACAUGCCCCUACUCGUGGUAUAGCGAGUAGGGGCAUAUUAUUUACUAAUACUAAGUAAUCUUUACUUAGUAUUAGUAAAUGUGGCUGAAAGACCAAUUUAGGUCUUUCAGCCUUUUAGUAGAUAACAACCUGAUACCGUGGGAAUUAGGGAGUUAUCUACUAAGCGGCUGCAAGGUGCAGCCACAGCAAGAAUAGGAUUGGAGUUUCAUUCAUUCGAAUGAAAUUGUGAUCCGAAUAAAGUGCCGAAUUGCGUUCUAAAAGAAACGAACAUACUGUUCUCAUUCAGUUAGAACGCAAUUCGGCAGUUUUGUGUAAAAUGACAGGAAGCAUCGUGGGAACAGAGAGGAAAGCUAAGGAUCAUUGGAAAAUUGCUCUGACCAGCAGAAAUGAAGCACACUUUGCUCCUCCGCUGGUCAGAGCUGGUCAAGCGGAGGAAUCCUCCAUAAGGCAAAGAGUCCCUACUUUGUCUUAUGAUUUUAAAGAAAACUAAAGAAGACAGGAAGAAAAGAAUAACAGAUCCUGAGAGAGGGGGAGAAGAGGAAGAGAUUGAGGAAAGGUAAGUUCGUCAUGACAGUGCCGCUUUAAUUUAGCACAUAUUGAUUUGCUUUGUGAGUAUAUUCAUUCAAGCAUUAACACUUUAUUUGUUUCGUUUUGACACUGUUUUUAAUUGCUUUUUGUGACAUACGCUCCUUACCCUGGACGUUUGAAAUUUUUUCCGCACAAACCAGGCGAACAAACUCUACCUAUGAGCCAGGGUAACCAUUCGACAGUUUGUUCGUAUGGAACUCCCGAAAGUGACCGACCGCUACCACUGAAUCUCUGGAAAUGAUUUGGGCAGACGCCUCGGGUGUAGUCGGUCAAAACUUUACCCCAGUGGCGAUUCGGCUGUAUUCGUGGGAUCUGAGCAUUAUUUGGACUACUUGGGCGCUCAGAUCCAGGCUAUCCUGGGAUAUAAUAUUUGUGGGGGUUCCUAAAUGUCUUAUAUGUAUUUUUUAUAUUUUAUGUAUGUUAUGGUUUUAUGCUUAGUCAUGCUGACUCAAAAAAUGUUGGGGAACUGUAAAGUAGUGGUGGGCUUAACACAAUAUGGCCAUAUGGUGGAACUGAAUCCCCAUAUUUGUUUUCUAGGCAAAUUACGUAGCCUGAUAAGAUUAUUUAAUUUGUAUAAUUUAUCCAAAUCAGGACUUUUUGCUAGCGUAUAUUCAUAUUUAAGUGUGGUUCAUCAUUUUCUUUUAAUAUCUUGUAAUUUUCAUUAUUAAAGAUCUUGGAAAAUGUUAUGUUGUGGUCCAUCAUUUUCUUUUAAUAACUUGUAAUUUUCAUCCUUCAAGAUCUUGGAAAAUGUUAUGUUGCCAAAAGAACAAACUGGCCUUCUAAUUUGAAGCCAUCAGACUUCUGUUGUCUCUGAUAUACAUUAGUCUUUGAGUUUUAAUGAUGUCAGACAUUUAAAUUGGUCUGCUUCCCAAGUUUAGUUAACAUUGUAUAUAGCAAAACACAGAAGAGAGCAUAGUUCAGGCUAUAAAGAAGAGAAAGAGACUGGGGUGUAAAUUGGUUCCCCUCCACUGCAGGUUAAAAACCGAGUGGAGCUGUCACAUCUGUCUAUGUUUUUGUUCUUGACUUAAUGAUCUUGUCCUCCAGAACAUGAAUAUAAUAAUAAGGUUGCCCCACUGUAGUGCUAUUACAAUUUGCAGUGUUCUGUAAAUAGUUAGUCUCUUUUACACCCCACAUCUGAAUGGUGCGGUGAAGCAGCACUGGAGCAAACACAAACACUGGGUGGUCAGCCAAAUGUUUGAUCUCAUUUUACAGUCCAGCAGGGUUCCAGUGUGAUGUAUUCUGAUAAAGUAGAAUGUCAUUUGUAAUAUUUAGAAAUGUGUGCAAUGCUGUUGAUGUUUUUCUUGAUGCUUGAUGCGAUAAUCAGUAUUUUCUCUAUACAGUGUCCUGUGCGAGAAUGCCGUGGGAGGUCAUUUACUGCAAAAAGAAGUUCCCCUUUAACCGUAACCGUGGACUGGCAGUCUAUCAAGUGAGUGCAUCAUAUUUAUUUAUAUCAUGCCUGUGUCACAGUAAGUUGCACAAUUUGUAUUACAUAAUAAUAAUGUGUGAAAAGUAAGUUCUCAUUUUUUCCUGCUCAAAUCUCACAUUAUUCCUUUUUCUUGUCCUGUUUGUAAUGCGUCACACCUCAGAACAUUGACCGUGAAAGCAUUACACCAAAGAAUCUUCCUAUGCUUCAGCAUCAUGUAAAGCACGUUCACUUCUGUAUUGCAACUUGUCAGAUAAACUUGCAUUUGCAGGAAUCAUCCUAAAAAUGUGUAAUCAUUGAAAUGAAAUGUACGUCUUUUCCAUACUAACCAUGUUACAGCAUGUACACUACUUAAACGGUGACCCCCCAAAAAAUGUUUAUAGUAAUUUUAUGAACUAAAAAUGAGUAUUUAACGUUGAGCUGAUUUAGGUUUUACUUUGCCUAACAUAACAAAGUACAAUUCUUGAUUCUCCAUUUUUCACUUUUAGUAUUAUGAGGUGUGAAUGACUGGUAUAUUUUAAUACCACAUGUUCUCCUUCUUAUCUCCUAUCACCAUGUAAUGUUUAAAUUCCACUCUGUGGUGAACACUGUAUACCCAAUCCCAGCUCAUUUCCUGAAUAAUUAUAGAGCAAUACAGCAUACAUGAACAAAAUAAAUUAAAACAAAAGUUAUCCUGUGCAAUGCAGAUGAUUGUGAACUACAUGUUUCUAGCUGCUAGGCCAUCCCCUAGGUUUUCUAUGAUGGUCAGCAAGUCGCUAGACUAGUUGAGCAUCACAGGAAAUGUGUUAAAGAUAUACGAUAAAGAACAUACGAGUAUUGUUUUGUUUUUUAAUUUUUCAUAUAAAGAUUUUCUUUUUUGCUAUGGCAGGGUGCAGGAACUGAUGUCUGAGGAUCAGCGAGAGGCUGGUAGAAUUCCGCGAACGGUGGAGUGUGAAUUAAUUCAGGAUCUAGUAGACAGCUGUGUUCCUGGUGACAUGGUGACAGUAACAGGAAUUGUUAAAGUGUCUAACACUAGAGAUGGUACGUGCCACAUGGUUAUUUUAAUUAAUGCAACUAACACUAUCUGCAAGCAUAUUCUUCCUUAAGAAAGAGAUUUCCUAUAUUCUUUUCUAACAGUUUUUUUUUUAUUUGUUCAGUAUUUCAUGGAUGGGAAGAUAUUUAAGAAAAUGAUUUUCAAAGUAGUUGAAACCCUAUGGCAAUACCACCAUACACUAAGUUGUCCAGAACACUCACUUAGUAAACACCAAGUUUAAAAAAAAACACUAAAAAUAGUGAGGAUUUGGUUACAGUAUACACUGAAUAAUCGCAACUUUAAAACCCCUGACAGGUGCAGAGGAUAACAUUGAUUAAAUCGUUACAAUGGCACUUGUUAAGGGGUGGGAUAUAUAGGCAGCAAAUUAAGAGACAGUUCUUGAAUUUCAUGUUUUGGAAGCAGGAAAAAUGGACAAGCAAAAAAAAUCCGAGUGACUUUGACAAGGUCCAAAUAGUGAUGGUUAGACGACUCAAGGGCGCCCAAGGCUCAUUGGUGCACUUGCGUUGCGGAGACUAGCCAGUUUGUUUCAAUCACACAGAAGAGCUACUGUAGCUCAAAUUGCUGAAAAACAUAAAUGUCGCCAUGAUAGAAAGAUAUCAGAAUACACAGUUCAUUUGCAGUUUGCUGCGUAGCCACAGAUUGUCCAGAGUGCCCAUUAUAACCCAUGUCCACUGCCAAAAGCACCUUCAAUGGGGAUGUGUGCUUCAGAAAUGGAUCAUUGAGCAAUGGAAGAAGGUUGUCUGGCCUGAUGAAUCAAGUUUUCUUUUAGAACAGUUGGAUGGCUGGGUGCAUGCGUGUCCUUUACCUGAGAACGAGAUCGCUGCAGGAUUCACUAUAGGAAGAAAGCUAGACGAUGGAGAGUUAUGCUCUGGAUAAUGUGGGAAAUCUUGGGUCAUGGCAUUCAUGUGGAUGUUACUUUGGCACGUAGAUUGUUGCAGACCACAUACACCCAGUCAUAGCAAUGAGGUUCCUUGAUGGCAAUGGAUUCUUUCAGCAGAAUAAUGUACCCUGCCACACUGCAAAAAUUGUUCAGGAAUGGUUUGAUGAACAUGACAAAGCAUUCAAGGUGCUUCCUUGGCCUCCAAAUUCCCCAGCUUUCAGUUCCGAUUGAGUAUCUAUGGGAUGUGCUGGAACAACAAAUCUGAUCCAUGGAGGCCCCACCUCGCAACUUGCAGGAGUUAAAGGAUCUACUGCUAAUAUCUUCAUGCCAGAUACCACAGGACACAUUCAGGGGUCCUGUGCAAUCCAUGCCUCGACACAUUAGAGAUGUUUUGGCCUGGGGACCUACAUGAGAUUAGGCACAUUAUUACAUAUAAAUAUAUAUAUUUAGUAGCAUUCAAGACUGCCACAGUGCCAGUGUAUUCCAUUUUUGGCAGCUCUUAUGAGAUUAACCCACUUACUUGGGAAAUCCGUCAUCCUGGAGCUCUCUACAUAAGGCCCUGGAGUGAGGCACCUGUAACAGAGAGGGAUCCAAAGCAGGAGUAAAGCUGGAAUCCCAAAUAUUUCUAAAUAUAAAAUUCAGUGGACAUCACUCACCUGAACAUAUAUUUAUGGAUGCUGCUACACCAAUUUUUGCAACAAAAAAUCCAGCACACUUAGUCACCAAACACUAACUUCAAAACUGAAAUGUGUACUCUGUUAUGCAUGUAUUUUCUAUGCAUGUGUAAGUGAGUGCAGCUCUUGUGGGUGUCUUUUGAAGAUUUUUCCUAGACAUACACCAUAGGUUCUACAUGUCGGCUUUAUAUAUGUCAAAUUAUUACUCCACAUACUCCUUCUACUUUCCUUCCUUCUUCUGUCCAGUCUUUUCUCCACAUAUUCUUUCUUCUACUUUCUUUCCUUCUUCUCUCAAUUAUCUUUUUCCUGUCUUUUUCCUAUUCUUGCUAACCCUUUAUUUUUGCUCUUGGUAUAGCGUUCGAGGAGAUGACAGGUAUUUUUUAUUUCCAAAGUUGCCAUAGUGUUUAUGUGACUUACCCGGCCUAGUUGUCUUUAUUGGGAUUACUAUAAACUUACUGUGACACAUGGCUACAUUUUGCUGCGUAGCCAGAGAUACGUUCCUUAGUCUUCUGGGGCUUUCAAUGACAGCCUUCUAUUGUAGAGAAUUUGUCUUACAGUUUGUUUAAAAUGAGCUUUUAUAGUCUACUUAAUAUUUGCAACCUCUUAUACUAUUCCUAAAGUUGCCAUAGUGUUUAUGUGACUUCAGCCUAGCUGGGCUAUUACAUUCCAUUUAUUUAAUGUCCUAAUUUGCUUUAUUGGGAUUUACUAUGACAAAUGCCAAGAUUGGCUAUAUUCUAUUGUGUUCCCUCGUAUUCUGGGUCUGUUAUUGACAAACAAGUUCUUUGUAGCAGACGUGUUCCAGUUAGCGAAUAAGCCAUUAACAUUAACUAUUUAAUAUCAUCCACAAAGAACUACAUUUAACAGCAUUCCUAUAUGUUCAUAUAUGUAACAUUGGAGACAGUUUUGUUUCUUUGGGUUGAAAAAGACCCUUGUCGAGUUGAUAUGUAUGUUUGUUAAAGCAAAAGUAAUAUGGUCUAUUUAACAUAACAUCUUCUUUACCAGGGGGGUAUAAAAAUAAAAACAAUAAAUGCAUGUUCUUGUUGUACAUCGAGGCAAAUUCCGUCAGUAACAGCAAAGGUCAGAAAAGCAAGGAUACAGAAGACGGCGUGAGUCACAGGGCAUCUAUGGAUUUCUCAUUGAAAGAUCUCUAUGCAAUCCAAGAAAUACAAGCUCAAGAAAAUCUCCUAAAGUUAAUAGUCAAGUGAGUAGAGAUCUACUGUCACUGCCUCAAUGACAUAACUGUGAACUAGCACAUUAAUAUUUCAUGUUCUAUCAAUAGAAUCAAUGCUCCCUGCCAAUAGCAAGCUGUAUUUUAGGGUAUCAUUACUCAGAGCUGUUGUAAUGGCAUACAUUUGUCUCCUGCAGUUAAAUGUGUUUUGUUAUAUGAAUACUAAAAAGACAGUUUGUUACUUGGAAUGUCAGGUGAAAGGGUUUGUGAAUGUGUUUAGUUUUGAGGAAUAUCUCACCUUGGACCUGCAGGUUUUGUUUUUACUACAAUUCCCAUGACAUAAUUCUGACUGACUAACUGAGAAUUCUGGGAAAUAUAGUCCGAGAAUUGCUACAGGUCAAAGUAAGACAUUCUGGGUUUAGAAUGACUUUUUCUUUUUAACAGGGUUAUUCACUAAAGUGAAAUUUCAAAUUUUAGUCCAAAGGAGCCAAUCUGGAAGCAUGGCUGAAGUACAAAAUGUUUCCAUUUAGUCUUUUCUGGCCUUAAAUUUAAAAUUCACUUUGAAAUCUCUCUGUUGUGUAUAACCGUGUAAGUCUUGAGAAGUUUUUUCACAGAUCAUUAACGCAUUUUUUAAUGUUGUUUUUACAUUUUUCAGCUCCCUGUGCCCUACGAUAUAUGGACAUGAGGUGAGUUACGUUAUUUGUCAGUCUAAAGUAUUGCAUGCCAGUUGUUUGGGUUUUUGUGGUCAUUUUUUUUGUGUAGACGUGUAAUGUGUGUUUUAAUUAAACAAAAACUCUGUACAGGAGAUGGUUAUGCUUUUACGAGGACUACUUGUGCUGAUGUGAUCGAAGAAUAAUGGUAUAAUUUCUUUGCUGAUCUCAUAGGAAGUUUACAUUAUUCCUGUUUGGAGACUGGACAUCACCAGUCCUCCAAUUUACCAUUAUAAAAAAAAUACAUGAAAUAACAUAGUGCUAACCACCAUUUUCCGGUUUUCUUUUUUUGGGGGGAGGGGCGAGGGGUUAUUUUAUCAAUAAAUAAUACACCAAUUAAAUAGUUUCAUGCUAAAAUCAUAUCCUGUUAAUAAAUUAAUGUUUCACAGAUAUAUUCAAACUGGAUAGGAACGUUUGGAUUUCUAUUUUUCGUGCAGUUCCAUGUGGGGAGUCACAGAUGUAUGCAAAUCAGAAUGCUUCGUGCUGGACAGGUUUCCUGUUAUUCAAACUAGUUAUUUUCAUUUACAGAUUGUGAAAGCAGGGCUGUCACUGGCGCUGUUUGGAGGCUGCCAAAAAUACGUGGAUGACAAAAACAGGAUUCCUGUUAGAGGAGAUCCCCAUAUUCUUGUGGUUGGAGAUCCUGGUUUGGGAAAAAGCCAAAUGUUGCAAGUAUGAAUUCCCUUCUUGCUACUGUAAUCUGAUAUUUGUUUAUGUUUAUUUGUCUGUAAUGGUAAAACUAGAUUAAAGGAAGAUCAGAAUGUAUGCGAUGACAGCAUAUUCGGGCCCACAAAACCUUUUCACACAAUAGUUAUCUCUAGGAUAACAUUUUACUUCCUAAACGUUCUUCUGUGUAACAGUAGAACAUGGCAUCACACAUUUUUAAAUUCCUAGGGGAAUUCUUUUCUUAAUUUCUUAAACAGACAUGACAUUUAAAGCAAAACAGUCGUAAUUUUUAUGAGAUUACAUAUAUAAAGAGUGUAUUAUUUUGCAAUUCAUACAUAUCAAUAAAUACCACUUUCCAGUCCUGAUUUUAAAUCUCUAAACAUGGAAGGUACUAGAUUGUCUCGUCUGCUACUAGUCUAAAGAUCUGUAAUUAUGUAAAUGAUGUGUUAAAAUAUUCUCUACACAAUUUACUUUUUGUGAGUCAAUAAACUAGCUGCAAGGAUGAGAAUCUUCUCUUUUAAUUGAACAAGAGAAUUAUACGCCCUAUUCCACAAGGGAGAGGAUCCUUGUCAUACUUUACAAGGCACAUCUCUGCUCCACAUACAAUGAUCUGUGAUACUGGGCCAUUUUCAUUAUGAGCUGCACCUUUAAAGGAACACUAUAGUCACCUAAAUUACUUUAGCUAAAUAAAGCAGUUUUAGUGUAUAGAUCAUUCCCCUGCAAUUUCACUGCUCAAUCCACUGUCAUUUAGGAGUUAAAUCACUUUGUUUCUGUUUAUGCAGCCCUAGCCACACCUUCCCUGGCUAUGAUUGACAGAGCCUGCAUGAAAAAAAAACUGGUUUCACUUUCAAACAGAUUUAAUUUACCUUAAAUAAUUAUAUCUCAAUCUCUAAAUUGAACUUUAAUCACACACAGGAGGCUCUUGCAGGGUCUAGCAAGCUAUUAACAUAGCAGGGGAUAAGAAAAUCUUAAUUAAACAGAAAUUGCAAUAAAGAAAGCCUAAAUAAGGCUCUCUUUACAGGAAGUGUUUAUGGAAGGCUGUGCAAGUCACAUGCAGGGAGGUGUGACUAGGGUUCAUAAACAAAGGGAUUUAACUCCUAAAUGGCAGAGGAUUGAGCAGUGAGGCUGCAGGGGCAUGUUCUAUACACCAAAACUGCUUCAUUAAGCUAAAGUUGUUCAGGUGACUACAGUGUCCCUUUAAAUGUAUUUUAUGAUUUUGACUCUGAGUUUUGUCUGGCCAUUAUUCGUUCUUUCAUACUAUCUUUUUCAUUAAAUGCAUUUAGAGUUUGUGCAUUGUUUACAGACUAAAGAAAUAACACAACACUAUCUCCAGAGGGUUGCUAGACGAAAUAAAAGCAUCAGGGACAUGUCAAUACAUCAGCCAUGAACAAAUAAUUCUCCAGACGAAGGAUAUCAUUUGCCAAAAUGUUUACAUCUCACCCAUGUACAGUUGCUAAAAAAGAUGCUUAGAACAAAAAGGAGGUUGCCGGGUAAACUCCAUAACCCAGCCAGACAGGGCUGUUGGUUUUUAAUCGAUGUGUUUCCUUUCACACAUUGGAUGUUUGAAGCACAGAUAAAGUGUUCCAAUGUAUGUGAUACAAACGUUUAAAAAGUAGAAGCACUUUCAUUUCACAAAGUGUUCAAUAUGUAAAAAUGAAAAUUUUUGUGUUAAUUCCCCUUUUACUUGCUUACAGGCCGUGUGUAAUGUUGCUCCUCGUGGUGUCUAUGUUUGCGGAAAUACCACCACAUCCUCUGGCUUGACUGUGACAUUAUCCAGAGAUAGCGCAACUGGAGAUUUUGGUUUAGAAGCAGGAGCACUCGUUCUUGGAGAUCAAGGUUGGGGAAAUCUGUUUUGCAAAACAUUUAAAUCGCUACCAGUAUUAAACGUCGUCAUGAAUUCACUGUCCUGUGCUCACUGUUUUAUCCUGUACUCAAUAUUUUAUCUGAACACUGCAUCUAUUCUGUAUAGUUUAAAUAGGGUUAGGUAAAUACUGAUUGGUCCAUGUCACUCCUGCGACCCCAAAACACGCGGGAAUGAGAUUGCCAGAGUGACACGGAUAAUGGGGGACUGGAAGGGACGCAGCACCUUUGAUAUAUUUAUGGACACGCUCCAUGAGCGAGCAGCGUCCACAACAGCCUCGCUACAAAUGGAAACUGUGCCAUUUCUAAGAAACCCUCUUUGUGGGACAAUUAGAUGGAUGAUUCCAUUGGUUUCUAUGGUGAUUGCUCCACAUUCAGCACUUCUAGAUUGUAUCUGUCAUAUCUCUUUAUACUUCUUAAUGCUUUAUGUCUGGUUUUAUUCUUACAGGGAUAUGUGGAAUAGAUGAGUUUGAUAAGAUGGGUAAUCAGCACCAGGCUCUACUGGAAGCCAUGGAACAACAAAGCAUUAGUCUUGCCAAGGCAGGUAUUGUGUGCAGUUUGCCAGCCAGGACGUCCAUCAUAGCAGCCGCAAAUCCUGUGGGAGGACACUAUAAUAAAGGCAAGACUGUGUCGGAGAAUUUAAAGUGAGUUUUUACUGAAUCCACUGCCAAUUAAAAAUGAGAGGGGGCGGAUUAUUAAUUUACUUAGCUCAUUUCAAUUUACUGCAUGCUGAAACAGACUCAAGAGUUGUCUAAUAUUCUUUUUUUGAUCCACACAACACAGAAUGUAAGAAAUAGAGCUGUUACAUGUUAUAAACACAUAAUAAGAGAAUCCCCUCAAAGCUAAACAAGAAAACUACCUGGUCACCUAAGUAUCAUGGGAAAUGAAGUCAGAUGAAGUGUCAAAAACUACUAACAUUGUUUUGAACUGCAUCUCGUUUUAAAGGGACACUCAAAGCGCACAUUAAACUGCACCUGUCCAUUAAUCUAUUAUGAAAAGAAAAAACACACCACUUUGCAUGUCCAUUGCUUGCUACAUAUAUCCAUGCUGUAUAGAUCUUUUAGCCAGUUGCGAUCCUGUCAUUAUUUUAGCAAUAACGUUUUUUUUUUACUGACCACACGGAAGCUGAUCUUUGUCAGUCAGACUGAUCCUGUCACUACCAUGCAGGGAGUAAAGCAGGGAAGCCUAAAUAGACUGUCGGUUUUCUGUGUGAGCCAAGGUGCAUGUACAUGGCUGAAGGAUCCUUGCGUCAGGGCCUACAAUUUAUAGUCCUAUGCUACUAGCCAAGUCUCAAAAGUUACUCACCACUACAAGCCAUAUCAUACCCACCAGGGAAAAUUUGUACUUGCCAGGGCUAAGUUUUCUGUUGCCAAUGGCUAGGGGAAAUUUUUAGCCCUGCUGUCCUAUACUAAAGGUUGUCUUUUAACAUGCUUAAGUACAGGAAUACUCCAGCAAUGGAUUAUAAAGUAAAAGAGCAGGCUUAUCAUCAUGUCUUAUUUUACCGUUACUGUGUGAAUUUAGAGUGGAUUGGAAGAUGUUAUUCAUAUUGUCUCAUAUUUCCUUUUUUUGGUCCAUGCUUAAUAAUUGCAUUCUAAGUGUAUUUAGAUUGUAUAAAAGGACACGGCUUUGAAUUGGAAUCAGUAUAUAUAUCUUCUCAUUGGGAUGUGAAACGUAUCCCUUUCUUCAUUUACAGAACCCAUUGUGAGUGCAUAAACCAGAAUAAACAUGCUGUUAGUGACACCUAGUGGUUAAUAUAAUACUAGCAUUCAACAUGUGAAACAAGAAUCUAUGUUUAGCGUAAUAGAUACAGGUGUUGAAAUUAUUUUACAGUGCUUUCAAGUCUGCUUCACCCCACGUGUUUUCCUGAUGUGGAUUAACAUAUUCAAUCAGAUUUUGAUGCAUAUUAUAUAUACUGUUUAAUCAGAUUUUGAUGUAUAUUAUAUAUACUGUGUGUGUGCACACAGUAUUUUGUCUCAUUUUGUGAGGACAUAUCCUUUUUAAAAUUUUCGUAUUGUUUCAUUUGUGCAAUUAAAGAGAUCGCAGUGCUUCACACUGAGCUCUGUCGAUCACUUUUAAAACAUAUACAUAAAGUUGUGGGCCAUGUCUUAUUUUACCGUUACUGUGUGAAUUUAGAGUGGAUUGGAAGAUGUUAUUCAUAUUGUCUCAUAUUUCCUUUUUUUGGUCCAUGCUUAAUAAUUGCAUUCUAAGUGUAUUUAGAUUGUAUAAAAGGACACGGCUUUGAAUUGGAAUCAGUAUAUAUAUCUUCUCAUUUUAUUUUUUUCUUUAUUAAUCUCUCUUUGCAUUUAGCCUGUAUACGUAGAUUUGUUGAUAUACCUUCGUUUUCUAUGAAAUUUAAGUCUUGCUUUUUAUAAAGGAAAAUUGUAAUGAUUUCUCUUUAAAAUAAGAACAGGCAUAAGACAGGAUGUGCACUAAAAAGAGGUAUUCACUUACAUGUGUUCUUAAAAAAAAAAAAAAAAUUAUACACAUUUUUUAUUAAUAAUAAAACAUUAAAACCGUUUACCAUUUCCAGUAAUAUUCUUUGUGCUGUCACUGUCACACAUGUUAAUAUGAAAUGAUUGCUUGUUAUCAAAAAACUGUGAGAAAACCUGUAACAUUGCUGUCAUUACAGAAUGGGGAGUGCUUUACUGUCACGGUUUGAUUUGGUGUUUAUCCUUCUUGAUACUCCAAAUGAAGACCAUGAUCAAUUGCUUUCGGAGCACGUAAUGGCCAUGAGGGCCGGAUCUAAAGAAGUCUUACGCAGUGCAACUGUUACACGUGAAGAAACCCAAGAAUCCAAUACUUCUAUCUUAGAAAUGCCCUCGGAGAGACCUUUAAGGGAGAGAUUAAAGGUAUGUAUUUCCCCCCCUUAUUUUAGCCGAACAUAUCCUGUUGCUGUCAUUGAUUCUUUAUUUCCUUUAAAUAUUACAAAUAAUGCUUUGUGUGUAGGAUUUUUAAAAAAAAUUUUUAAUUCUUUAUUUUUGUAGUGCGUAAAUUUGUAACAGUCGCUUGUGAGGUACCCCAAAGGCAAUCCUCUAGCACAUUUCAAACAGUAGGGCAUAGAGGUACUUGUUAAAUCUAGCACAUAUUUUAUACAUAUAUAUGAUUAAGUCGAGUGAUAAACAUUAUAUAUUAUCCUUGCUUAAUCUCUUCUAUAGCAUACAAUAACUUAACGAUCAGGCUAGGACGAGGCAGUAUGGAAGUGGGAUAAACAGGGCUAAACACUCUCUUCCUAGUGUCUGGCUACACAUGGUGAUGCAGUUAAUGUAGUUUUAAGCGUGCUAUGCUAAAUUAAAGUUGAAUAAAAUCAUAUUAAAUCACAAGUAGAGACAGGCUAGUUCCACAUGUCCAGGCUGAAAACAUUUGUAAGUUAACUCAAAAAGGUUAGCUGGGCAUGGUGGUUAAAGUACAGUUAAGUGUCGCUAUCAGCAUUACAGGAGUAAGGAGCCACUAGGGUCAGGGUCACUGUCACAAUUCUGCAGUACAAAGAAACUUAACUGAAUGUAGAAAACAGAAAUGUAAGCUAAAUAAGACCAUCGCUCAUGUUGGGGAGAAGAUUCUUAGAGGUGCUGUCUGGUGGCCACCAGGGUUAGGGAGGCUCCUUUUGUAUAAGGGUACCUACUGCGAGGUGUGUAAUCUGAGCUAUAGGUCGUUACUAACUGUGACAUUGUCCCUUGGGGUGCAUAUUGUAGAGGCUAGAGUCCAGCACCACUCGCUUUUUAGGACGUCCCCUUCAGCCUAUGCCCACCGGGUGUAUAGAAUUGUCCAGCUUGGGGGAGUCCUGCCAGGUGGCGGCACGCUUGCUCGGUGAGGUAAUGGUGGCUUUGCUAUUGCGGCAGGGCAGUCGCCCCCUCCGUGCUUUCCCUCCGGUUGACAGUAGGCAGGCUUUCCGCCGGUUUCAUCCGUCGAUCCCCGACCCGCCUGCAGUGUGAUUAAUGUCGCUGUGGGCCCUGCCAGUACCUCCGUGUUGGGAAGCGCUUUGCAGGUCGACUGAUGCUGGGAGCGCUGGACGGUGGGCAGGUCAGAUACUCCGGUGGGUCCUGCUCUGGAGCGUGUGGGCGUGUGUACCGUCGUCCGAGGGACUUUACGACGUCUCCCGCCAUUCUGCUCCCAGGCUUCGAUGCUGUCGGGAGGCUGUUCUGGGGCCACAUGGGGGAUUUCCCCGCAGGCAGCGCCAGACUGCCGGGUGGAUCCACGCCCCAACCGCUUUCACCACCAGUUUGAAGGGCUGUCUCUUGGCCUUACACUUCAUCCAAAGGUAAGCGCAGAGCUGGUCGAAGAACACCAGUGUGUGUUUGGGUGGUUUGGAAAUCGUGUGCCUUGUUCUGUGCUGCGUCUGGGCCGCCAUCUUAGCUGGGCCCUCGUGGUCCCAUUUGGACAGGGAUUGUGUCGCCUGGGCAGUUUGAUUUACGGGGCUAUUCGUCCCUGUGAGGACCGGGAUAUCCCCGGCCAGUCCGGGGGGGGGGGGGUAGCAGGGCUGUGGUGUGCUCUCGCUUGGGAGCUCGUCCCGUGCCGGGAGAUCGUCCGCUUCCCCCGGGCCCCACAUUUGCAAAGUGAGGAUCCGUAUAACCUUCGAAGGCAUUGAUAGACAGUGAGAGGUGGGGGUAAAUUAUUAUGUUCCUUUUGUAAGUUUGAAUAAAUAUUUUUAUUUUAAUUUAAAGGAAUGAAUGCACAGCAAACACACAUGUUAAACAUCCACUUUAAUUUAUAAUAAUUCCUAUGGCCACCUUUACAUAUUGCUGGGGUUAUAUAAACUAGUUAAGGUAUAUUGGCAUUUGCUGCUCUUCCCCAGUUAUAUUCAAAUUAUUUACCUUCAGCUUAGUCAAGUUUUGAAAGGAUGUACUAUGUUCUUUUCUUUCAUGAUCACUUGCCAAGAGAGCAAACUAGAUGUCACUAGAUGCCCUUACAUUAUUUUCUGUUGGACUCUAAUAUAAGUCCAGAACUUCACAGCUAUUUUAUUUCUACAUUAUGUACUCCUUUUAUUGGCAAGAUUUUCUUAUUGCUAUCCUCUUAAUCCAUUAUUUACCAAUCUACAAAGUAGAGGUCACUCCUUCUGCCCCAAUGCUGUACAUACACAUGGCUGCCUUUCCAGGGCAUCUGAGCAUUUUUAUAGAUUCUGUGAUCUCUUACACACUGUAUUUACUUUUUGUGAGUUAUUCUGCCUUUUAUUAAUGAUUGUGAGACAAACGAGGUCAUGCAAUUAUUAAUUUUUUUAUAUCACCAUAAAUAUUUCUGCAAGUAAGAUAUAACUAUGUAAAAUUACAAAUUACAACAAUAUAUUUGUAUAUACAUUACUUUAUUUUUUUCUAUUUUUCCUGGAUUCUAUAAAUAAAAUUACUGCUUAAUCCUUGCUAUCGGCUACCUAGACAUUCCAGAUUAAAAUUUUUAGUUGGGGAAGGUUGCUUUGCAGUUAAAAGGCUAAAGUGAGCCAUUAAAAGUGUAAGAAAAAAAAAUGUACAAUAUUUCCUCAGUUUAUUUCUUUACUGUAUUCAGGUGAUCAGUGUUUCCACAAUAGUUGGAUUGCCGCUAUGGAAUCAGUCUAAGGCCUUAAGUCACGUAAAUACCAAAUGCUGUUAUCUACAUUUGCUAUUUGGAUUUCAAUUCACUGAAGUUCUAUGUUUAGUAAAUAAACCCAAAAGUUUAGUCCCUUUGUCCUUGUUUUGGCCAUGAUAUAUUUAGGCAAACCAGUAAUUACAGAACAGACAGUAAAAAGGAUUAUUUACUGUCAAAAGAAAUUCCCUUGUUAAACUUACCAGACCCAUGACAGCUGAAAUAUUAUUUGCCAGCACAAUAAAUACAGAUCUUGAGCCAGUUAAGGCAUCACAAUGAAAAAUUAAGAAUAGCAUGUUGAUGCAUUUUCCAAACCGCCCAGUAAAGCAUUUCUUGGAAAGUUUUGAAAUUGGCUUUAUCCCUUUUAUGACUGAGACAAUAAAGUCUGUUUAACAGGUUAACUUGGCAUUGAACUUGACAUGAGUUUAAGCCAAAGUACUAUAACUGCAUUUAACCUCAUUGAUCACUAUAAUCCCAAAGAGAAAAUUCCAAUAGAAAAUAGUUCAUGAUUCCUGAAAUAACUUCUAGGUUUAGUCCAUGUAUCUAAUACUUAAUUUUUGUUAAGUGUCUUUCUUUUAUUUACUGAGUAACCAUUUUUUUAUUUUUUUUUAGCUCCGUCCUGGUGAGCAUUUCGAUGCCCUUCCACACCAGCUACUAAGGAAAUAUGUAGGAUAUGCUCGCCAAUAUGUUCAUCCGCAAUUGUCACCUGAUGCAGCUCAGAUACUCCAGAACUUUUACCUUGAACUGAGAAAACAGAAUCAAGGCAUAGAUGGCACUCCCAUUACUACAAGACAAUUAGAGUCUUUAAUCAGACUGACAGAGGUACGGGCUAAAAAACUGUUGUUGUUUUUUCUUUAAUAAUGCCCACUGUGGUGGUUAUGAUGCCAGAUCUACCCUGGUGCCCUUUCCCAGUAAUGGUGGCAAACUGUUGCCAAGAUUUUCUGUCUUACCUGUGUCUCGCUGGGCGCCAGGUCUCCUUAAAGCAGGAUUAACGACAUCAGGUUGUGCAGCUCUGCCGAUAUUGCCGCUUAUUCAUUGACUGACUAUAGACGCUGGCUUUUGACCCUACAGGAGGUGGGAAUCUCUCUUUAAAGGGAGCUAACAUUUCUCCCAGUGAGUGAAAGAGGGCUACAGGGACGGUGUGGGAACAGGGAGUGAAUUGCAUGGAGGAGUAGACAUGCUUAUCUCUGAUAUAAAAUAGUAGUAAUAAGGUUAUUAAAAACGGUUUUAUUUGCAUUUAACUACUACUCUGUUCAUGCGCUAGUUUUACCUUUGAACAGUGGCACUUUUUUAUUUAUUAAAUAUUGAUUCAAAAACUGCAUAUUAUGUGGGGUGAGGUGUUUCUCCCCCUCACCUCUCCAAUUAUGUAGUUGUUAUAGAGAUUAGUUAUUGAUUAGUGACUAUAAUAGUGGCACAUAUUUACCUUGUUCCUUCCUGCAUGUUUUUAACUCUCCUUAAAUGCUCACACGCCCUGAUCUCACCUGUCCUAUACCAGCAUCACCAUAGAAAAUCAUUUCAUCGGAAGAGGUAGCUAUGUUAGUUAGGUCAAGGUAGAAGAUUUCCACAAGACAGGCAUCUAGCGAAGUUACCAGGUCAAUUUACUAAAGUUUAAAAGUUAAAUUUCACCAUAUUGCUUUUCAAAGUGUUUGUUUAUACAUGCGUACAUGUGUAUAUAAUGUUUAUAUUGUAUAAUUGGUAAUCCACUUGUUACUUUUGUUAAAAGGCACGUGCAAGAUUAGAAUUAAAAGAAGAGGCUACUAAAGAGUUUGCAGAAGAUGUUGUUCAAAUAAUGAAACACAGGUGAUUUAUGAUGUUUAAACAAAUACAGCAAAAUUGGAUAUAAUAUGAAUUUACCUGCGCUGUUCUUUAUAAUUUAUAUUAUAUGUCAUGGUUAGAGUUUGAUAUUUAAGUGCAAACAAAGCUUUGAUGCACAUAUUUUGUGUAUUCUGCAGUUUUGUGGUUUUUGUUUUUUUUGUGAGUUUGUUUAUUUAUAACCGUUUAAUAUGUAAAGGGAUUUGUUCAAGUCGGCGUGUGCCCAUGUAAGAAUUUAUUAUUUCUGUGUCUGUGAAUAAAUGUAGCAUAUGAAUAUUAGUUAUGCUAUAUGUAUAUUGUACUUUAUUUCAUAAACAUUUAUGUUUUUUAACCCCUUAAGGACACAUGACAUGUGUGACAUGUCAUGAUUCCAUUUUAUUCCAGAAGUUUGGUCCUUAAGGGGUUAAAGAGGAAAUAUAAUAAAUAAAGAAAUAUGUUCCAAUUCAUUCAAAUGUUGUAAGAAACAACCACAAAUAAUAUGACAGAAAGAGCAAUAACUUCUAAAUAGAGAGUGUACCACCUGAAGUGAUGCAUUUAUCUGCCUAUAAAAAAAACCAAAUGACUCAUUACAUUUGCAUAUUUUAUCUCAAUUAUUCAAAAUAUCUUCAUUGUUAAAAAUGUUAGUUCUUAAAUUCUGCACAGCCACUGAUUUAACAAUAAAGUGGCUGAACUUCACUUUAAUGGAGUAUUUACUGACUCUUUACAGCCACACAUAUUCAGUAAAUCCACAUUUAGGUGAACUGGCGCCAGCUGUGGCAUGCACAAUUUACAAGAUUUUGUUCACUUGAUAAAAAUGCGUUGGAUACAAUUAUUGAGAUAUCCAAGUUUGCUCAUACACUUAGAAUGGAAAGUAGAAAAUGUUACACAUUUGUUUAAAGGGAACCUAUAGUCCCAAAAAUAACAAUUGUUAUUUUGGGACUAUAGGGUCCCUUAUAGCUUUGUGAGCAUCCUUCACCCCCUUAUACUCUGUAAAAUGUAAGUUCAAUAAAGAUUACUCACUUCCUUUCCAAUACCGGGACUCCUCCGCUGAAGCCUAGAGCUCCUCUUUCUGUGAUGUUUACAUCCAAUGUGACAUCACCCUCAAUAUCCCCCAAUCCAUUGUUUUAACAUAGAGAAGAAAUUAAUUGGAACAAGGCAUGCACCGUGCUCCUCCAAUCAAAUGCUACUAUCUGCAACAUUUGAUUCCAGGACGAGUUUCACUGGGUUCUGGAGGAGGAAGCACCUGGAAUGUAACCCUGGAAUGUAAACCUUGCAAUUUCUAGAAAUGGGAUUGAUUUUAGUGAUAGAUUGUGGGUAAAUGUGAUUGACAACUGAAGUCCCUAUUUUUCCUUAUAUAUGUGAAAUCUUCAGCACUCAGGGAAAAGGGGAGACAAAACAGAUGCUGACACAGGGUAGUAUGUAGAAGCAGUCUUUAUACAGUUUAUUUUUACAGAACCACAAGAUACCAUAACAGAAACUUUUCCUUUUGAAAGUGAGGGAAGAGUGUGUUAGUUUUUGCAGUUUACUUUAGCUGUUUAAAGUAUUCAGUUAAUAAUGCUUUCUGUAUGGUAGCAAUCUGAAAACAAUGCAAAAUAUAAACUCAAAAAAGGACUAUUCACUGUGUUUGUCUCUCCUCCAUAUUUUAAUUGCAAUACAAAUUUAUAUAUUUAAUCAAAUAUAAAAGAUAUUGCGUGGUAAAAUGAGAGAAGUAUUCUUUUGGAGAUGAUACAGAUAAAAAGUGUAUUUAGUUUUAUUCAAUUCUUAGACUGCUAAAUACAUUGAUGGGAUAUGACCCAUUUUAUAUCAAUACUUUAUUUGGGGUUUCUAAUUAGAUGCUAUGUUAUGUUUUAAGGCUGAGAAAUACUAUUAAUUGUUUUAUUUCUAUUACUUUUUUUAGCCUUUUGGGAACAUACUCUGAUGAGUUUGGAAACUUAGACUUCAAUCGAUCUCAGCAUGGCUCAGGAAUGAGUAAUCGAUCGCAGGCGAAGAAAUUUGUUUCUGCUCUUAAUCGGAUUGCAGAAAGAACCUAUAACAAUCUGUUUGAGUUUCAGCAGCUUCGACAAAUUGCAAAGGAUUUACAAAUACAAGUAUGAUUCAUGUUUUUGGACAGUAAUGGUUUUGCAUCAGUGAAAGCUGUUCUCACUUUAUCCCACUUUCUUUUCAUGGACAACUGUGUGAACAUAUGGUCUGUUGUUACUGAAAAAAAAUAAGACAGCAGUCACUAGAAAUGUAUAAUCACAAAAGAUCCAAGAUUAGUCUCUAGACUAGAGCGUGGUUUUUAACCUGAUGUGAAAGGCAUAGCGGUAUGCCUAAAGCCACCUCAAAGGGUGCCACGAACACAUAGGAAGAGAUUUAUUGCAGACAGUUUUGAGACUUUUUUUGGUGCAAUAUUCACAGGAAAACUACACAUGGUGGAAUAAUGAUGCAAAACAAAGGCUGAAUUUAAGAAAACUUGUAACUUUUAGACCAUUUUAUCACUCUUCAAUAAAUACAAACAGAUUGCAGACCAAAUGUAUACAGCCUUUUUAGUUGAUUUUGCUAAAUCCGGCGUGAUGGAAGUGAAGAAGAAACUAUGGCUUCAAUUUAAUAAGCGUUCCAAGUGAUUCAAUACUGUUAGAAAAAUGUAAGUUACCAUUAAAAGGACACUCCAGGCACCCAGACCACUUCUGCCCAUUGGAGUGGUCUGGGUGCCAACUCCCACUACCCUUAACCCUGCAAGUGUAAUUACUGCAGUUUUUUAUAAACUGCAAUAAUUACCUUACAGGGUUAACUCCACCUCUAGUGGCUGUCAACUAGAUCGAUUGAAGUUUAGGUUUUUCUAGACAGCCACUAGAGGGCACUUCCGUGUUUAUAGCACAGGUUUUCUGUGCUAGAGCGUCGCUGGACGUCCUCACGCUGUUUAAGGACCUCCAGUGCGCUCAAUUCCCCAUAGUGCAUGCGCAUUAGGUCUCCUCAGUCGGCGGGCGGCAUGGGUCUCGCCCACCGGCUGACGUAAGAAAGGGGAGGAGCGGCGGCGACCCGAAACCACCGCCGAGGGACAUCGGCGGGGGUAUCAGGUAAGUGACUUUUCACCCAUUCAGCAUCCGGGGAUGGGGAGUGGGUGGGAGAGGGGACCUGCAGUGCCAGGAAAACAGAUUGUUUGUCCUGGCACUGGUGUGUCCCUUUAAAGUCUACGAGAACUUUUGUAGAUAAGUAAUUUGGAAAGUUCUAACAUUAUUAAAUUGUUUGGACAGUUCUAACUAUUAAAUCGAUGCCCAUGUUAGGGCCAUUGGUGUGGUAGUUAACUGUACACUUCCAUUCACCAAAUAUUACUGUUUUUCUAGGAACCAAAAAAAUGGAACUGCUGUCCAGGCUAAAUUGAAUGUAUUACAGUAAAUGUGACAUUUAUAAAACUGGUUGAGAUCCUCUUCUACAGUGAACUGGCUCUCAGGCAUUUUAUGUCACUCUGACUGCUUUAGAAAGACAUUGAACCCAGAAUACCACUUGUAAUACUAAGAAAAUAAAAAUAUUACAAGUGGUAUUCUGGGUUCAAUGUCUUGUAUAGCAGUGCUACUCACUAAACAAUACAUUAUUUUUGAGAUUAGGUGCAGAUCGGAUAUCAAACCUUCUCUCAGUGGCAUUGUGAUGAAAAUUGCAAUGCUUAUACGCUAGCCAUUUGAAGUAUAAAAGGGUACAAAUGGUCUAUUGAAUUUUCAGCUUCAUAAUACCUCCUCAGUGCUUCCUUGUCCUUUUGAGCUGCACCCAUAUGACCUUUAGCCAGUAACAAGCUGUUAGAUGUUAUGUGACUCACACAUUGCAGCAUUACUGGAUUUACAGAUACAAGGUGCUAACAGUGGGCUAAGCAAUUUUUGAAUGAAUUGUAAGGCAGUAAUAGCUCAGGUAGCAAAUAUUCAGCUUCAAUAUCCAUCUAAAAUCUCAUAGUCAAAGAUUCAGUUCUAAGAAAGUUACACACCAGCCCUUCAAAAUCCGAGAUCCAUAAAAUGUGGAUGAUUAAAUUGAGUAACCGUUAUUGAUCUGUUGUUGAUGUUCCACUUGAAUGUGUGCACAAAGCAUUUUGAAUGGCGUAGAAUUGUUCUAUUAUCUGUUAAAAUCACAAUGAUCAACAGUUCUAAACAAUUUCUUGUUAGCAUAAUGUGCAAUAUGUAGCUGUCUGUCUUUGAUUUUGGAGAUGAUGGAUAGUCCUUGUAUCCUUAAUAUAAUAAAUUUUACUUGUGUGUGUUUUUUUUUUUCCAGAUUGCUGACUUUGAAAGCUUUGUGAGUUCCCUCAAUGAUCAAGGUUACCUACUAAAAAAAGGUCCCAGAGUUUAUCAGCUCCAGACUAUGUAG